UGGGGACUGGCGGCUGUGCAGCUUGAAUCCAGCUGUAAAACUCCGCCUCUGCUCCGCGUUCCUCCGCCGCUCAGGAGCGAUGAAUGUGCGACUAAAGGUCGCUACAGGUUCUGCAACUUCUUUAUUACAGUGGGAGGGGAAAUAAAAAGCACGUAGUUACAGUGCGAGGUACAAGCAAAGUUAUGAAUCGAGCCGAACCGAUAGGAUGAACCGUCCGUCCUGACGAUAAACCGAACCAAUUCCACUCCGGAGGAUAAAUAAAGGAUUUUAUUUUUAUUAUUAAUUAACAGAACACCGCUGGAGCUGAAAAUAGGUUUUAAUUUAUUAGGAGCGAUGAGGCUUUAUGUGGAAGGUGUGAGCAAAGGCGAGCCGGAUAAAUCCAUGGCUCAGUUUCAGGAAGUGAUGCGUCAGCAGCUGGAGAGCUCCAUGCACACGGAGCUGGAGAAGCUGUUGAGCACGGCUAAAGGAGCGAACGCCGAGAUCGCCAAGAAGGACUUCGAGGGAUUUCGGAAGCUCUUCCACAGGUUCCUGCAGGUCAAGGGACCUUCGGUGGAGUGGCCCAAGAUCAACAGACCUCCAGAGGACUCGAUCCAGCCGUACGACAGAAUCAAGGAGAAGGGUUUGCCCGAGAGCGUAGCGGACUGCCUGAACAAGCUGGUGGUGGUGAAGCUGAACGGAGGUCUGGGUACCAGCAUGGGCUGCAAGGGUCCGAAAAGUCUCAUCAGCGUCCGCAACGAGAACACCUUCCUGGACCUGACGGUUCAGCAGAUCGAGCACCUGAACAAGACCUACAACACAGACGUCCCGCUGGUCCUGAUGAACUCCUUCAACACAGACGAGGACACCAAGAAGAUCCUGCAGAAGUACACACACCACCGCGUCCAGAUCCACACCUUCAACCAGAGCAGGUAUCCGAGGAUCAAUAAGGAGUCCCUGCUGCCCGUGUCGAAGGACGUGAGCAUGGUGGGAGAGGGCGCCGAGGGCUGGUACCCGCCCGGGCACGGGGACAUCUACGCCAGCUUCUUCAACUCGGGCCUGCUGGAGCGGCUGAUCGCCGAGGGGAAGGAGUACAUCUUCGUCUCCAACAUCGACAACCUGGGCGCCACCGUGGACCUGCACAUCCUCAACCACCUGGUGAGCCAGCCCAACGGCAAACGCUGCGAGUUCAUCAUGGAGGUGACCGACAAGACCCGGGCCGACGUCAAGGGAGGCACGCUCAUUCAGUACGAGGGCAAGCUGAGGCUACUGGAGAUCGCCCAGGUGCCCAAGGCCCACGUGGACGAGUUCAAAUCCGUCUCCAAGUUCAAGAUCUUCAACACCAACAACCUGUGGAUCUCGCUGGCCGCCAUCAAGAGGCUGCAGGAGCAGAACGCCAUGGACAUGGAGAUCAUCGUCAAUCCCAAGACUCUGAACGGUGGGCUGAACGUGAUCCAGCUGGAGACGGCGGUGGGCGCUGCCAUCAAGUGCUUCGACAACGCCCUGGGCAUCAACGUGCCGCGGAGCCGCUUCCUGCCCGUCAAAACCACCUCCGACCUCCUGCUGGUCAUGUCCAACCUGUACAGCCUGGAGGCCGGAUCCCUCACCAUGAGCGAGAAGAGGGAGUUCCCCACCACGCCCCACGUCAAACUGGGCAGCUCGUUUACCAAGGUUCAGGAGUAUCUGAUGCGCUUCGAGAGCAUUCCAGACAUGCUGGAGCUGGAUCACCUGACCGUCUCCGGGGACGUGACGUUCGGGAAGAACGUCUCACUGAAGGGAACGGUGAUCAUCAUAGCCAACCACGGGGACCGGAUCGACAUCCCAGCCGGCUCCAUGCUGGAGAAUAAAAUCGUCUCGGGAAACCUGCGGAUCCUGGACCACUGAUACCCGGAGACGAGAUCAGACGAGUGGCUAUGAUGUCCGUCUGCCUCACGGACUCACCGAGAGACCACGACCAUCGCCUCAUACAGACUCUUUAUUAUUCCCGCCUCGUCAUUCUGCCUUUUAUUCGUCGUUUGUCAGUUUUUUUCUUCCCAUUUUCUCGGUCAGUAUCGGAACAGGUACAGUUACACCGCAGUUUCCUUUUUUUUUUUUACUCCCAGAGUUCAGUAUUUUCUGUUGAAGUGUGAUUACAGUGAUCGCUGCCGGCUGCCCAAGUAUCGACUGACUGGUGUAAAACGUGAAGGAGAAAAGCAAUAAGUUUGCUGCCGCGGUUAAACGGUUCCGACUGUUGGGUUCUAGAAGCCACUUCGGGACUAAAUAAAGUGCAAUAUGGAACAAUC